GUUAUGGACGUCCAAUACUGAAGGUGAGAAGGUCAGUCUCAUAAAGUUAUGGGAUGGAAAGGCUGAAGCAAGAUUUAUCAGUGAACAGAUAUUAAAAUUCACUCAAUAUAGAUUCUGUGAUAUUGCGGUGCUGGUAAGAGCUACUUUUCAAACUAGAGUUCUGGAGGAAUAUUUUAUAAAAUAUUCGAUUCCUUAUAACAUAAUAAGUGGCAUGAAAUUUUAUGAGCGUCGAGAAGUAAGAGAUAUAAUUGCAUAUUUAAGGCUGAUAAUAAACAAUAAUGACGACCUUGCUUUUGAACGCAUUAUUAAUCGGCCGAAAAGAAGUAUAGGUGCUAUAACUCUCAAAAAAAUAUACACAGUUGCUCAAAGUCAUACAAUUUCCUUUUUUGAAGCAGCAAAAAUGCUGGUUGAUAGUGAUCAGCUAACACAAAGAAUAAAAUCCUCAUUAAAUGGUUUUUUAGGUAAAAUUGAACUUUGGAGGGAAAUAGUUACGACGAAAGAGCUUUUUGAGUUUGUUGAAAUGAUAGCAGAUCAAUCAGGAUUUAUUGAAAUGCUGGAGAUGGAAGGCAUACUAGGUGUAGCACGAAUGGAGAAUAUAAAAGAGCUUAUCUCAUCUUUAAAAAAUUUCAACAAUAUAACAGCUUUCUUGGAGCACAUAAGCUUAGUGAUGGAGGUAGAUAACAUGAAGAAUGACGAUACUGUAUACGUUAUGACUCUCCAUGCAUCUAAGGGAUUAGAGUUUCCGUGUGUAUUUCUACCAGGUUGGGAAGAGGGAUUAUUUCCCCAUCAGAGGUCGUUUGAAGAUAGAAGUGGUAAAGCUUUAGAAGAGGAGAGAAGACUUGCGUAUGUAGGAAUAACAAGAGCAAAAGAAAAAUUAACUAUUUCAUGUGCGGAUAGAAGAGAAAUUAAUAAUCAAUGGCAACCGAUGCGUACUUCUCGAUUCAUAAGAGAAUUACCAAGGGAUAAUGUUGCAGUGGUCAAGAGUAACAUUGCAUAUUCUCGAAACUAA